AUGCCCCAAAGCAACCGCCGCCCAUCUAUUUUCCUUCCGUUCGUGCGCAGCCGCAGCCCAACCGCCGAUCCUUUCUCCUCCAUUUUCUUCCCGCCGCAGCCAGCCGCCAUCUCUGUUCGCGAAGCAAGGCCGCCGCGUGAACCUGUAACCGCCGGCUGUCUCCCCUCUCCUUUCUCCUCUGUUUUCAGCCCAGCCGCCGCCGAUUCAUUCUCCUCCGUUGUCUGCACUGCCGCGCGACUCUCCGACCAUCUGUAUACGGUCUCUCCGUCGCACGUCAUCUCUUCGCAAAGCCACUGCUCGAUUUCUUUCGCGAAGAUUUGGGUUCGUUCUUCUCAGACUUCAACGUGGUUAAGGAGCUUAACAAAUUUGAAGGUAAGGGGUUUUCUACUGGACUCACUUAUGAUUGUGAAUUGUAUGUCUGAAUGAUUAUCUUUGACUGAGUAAAGAUGUUGAGAUGAUACUUAUGAAUGUACACUGUGGAUUGACUGAAAA